CCAGAGGGCUCCACGGACUUCAGCGCAGGUAGAUCAGGGGACGGGCGUGGCCUUGUACGUAACCGCCCGCUAGCCACAGUAGUGCCAAUGCCGACCGCGAGGAGCGCUGCACGUCGACCGGCUCCGCUGCGAAUGCGCACACACUCGGAACCACGCCUCCCAGCACGGCGACACAGCGCACGUGCCUGGCAGAUGUGCAAGUGCUGUGUUUGUCAAAGACGGGACCAGUGGGCUGCUGAGCUCCUCGCCUCAGCCUCACUGGCGGACUGGCCGGACCAGAUGAGGUACCAGCGCAAGGCGACUCAGAAGACGGCGGCUGCCGAGCCGCUGGGCGAGUGCCCCAACUGCGGAGGGUGCAGCCGGCUGCGGCUGGACCCGACGAGCGACAAGUAUGUGGUGGUGGUGCUGACGGUGCAGGGCCAGCCCGCCGAGCACCGCGUGCCGCCGCUGCCAGAGGCCUGCAUCUGCUGCCUCUGCGGCAGCGCGCCGCCCAACGGCUACUGCUCGCGCUGCAUGGUUCCAGAUAGGCUGAAAAGAUCGGAGAUAAGCGGCAGCUUGGUAAAAGUGCGUACCGUUGUUGCAGAGGAAUCUUGGGGCGUCUCCACACCAAAGACAGUUCAGUGAUUUACGCGAUGACAAUGAUGGUACAUCAGUCUGAUGAAAGGACAAAACCGGUCAGGCAAUGGCAGCAAAUCUUAGAUAGCAAUAAUGAGUACUGUUUUUAAGACAUGUGAGAAAUACCGAAAUCUCCAUAUGUGGUCACAUUUUAUAUUGUUACAAAUAGCAUUUUUCCAAGACACUCCAUCAAUUCAUAUUAAGUAUCUUUUUUUUUAUGAAUGACAAACAGAAUGUGAAAAACUUUCAUACAUUGUGGUGUACUGAAGAUGUCAGUAUUAGUAUAGUCUCCAAAAUUGAAGUUAUAUUUUUCUAUUGUCUAAAAUGGUACUACAUUAAUUAAAUUGCUCAAAAUAG